AUGUUUCCUAAUCAGGAGCAUUAUUUCCCACGCAGUAAUUUAUCCCAGCAAGUCUUGCGACCGGCUCUUGCUUUUCCGAGAUAUGCAUAUAAUAACGCAUUUGUUCCGCCUUCCCUUAAUGUACAUUCUACCACAAGUGGACAGCCUCCAGUUUUUCCAUUAAUCACUCCACAUGCAUCUACAACUAAUCUGUUGACACUGAGACCACUACUUUCAGUGCCGAACUCAGCUGCACAAGCACCAGUUCUUCGCGGUCUUUCUUACGGUGCUCAGAGAGGCAUACCUGGACGCUUAAGACCAGUGUUUUGUAGCGCAGACAAGUAUCCAUGGCAGUCAGCAAAUGCAAGACAGUUUGUUAGACUUCCCGUUAAUUGCAGCCAAGUUUCGGUGACCAGUUCUAGAGAUAUGCCUCGUGUCGCAAUUAAACAGAAUUCACAUCCACGUGAAGUGAUGACUUCCGAUGUUGCAAUUCCCGUUCCAGCUUCUGAUUGUAUGGAGUCAGCUGAGGAAUCAGCAGAUGCAAGCGAUAUUGAUCUCAAACACGAAGGCAAGGAAGAAGGCCAAAAAAAUAAAAAUUGGAAAAAGAUAAAAAGACAACGAAGGAAGCGUAAGCGAGAACUGUGUAGCAGUGAUGGGAGUGAUUCAGAACAUAUUAAGUCUUAUUUUCAUUUAUGUAUUUUAAAAAAUCAUUUGUUUUCAGCUGCUUUAGAACACGGCUCAAGUAAAGAUGUCCCGCGUUGGCAGAAACUAACCGAGGAAGAUUUCGUUGACACGAUUUUGAGCGAUACUGAUGAUGAAGCUGACCAACUUGAACAAACAGUUGCAUGUAGUGGAUUUCACUUAAAAUGCAUUCUUGAUAGCAGAUUUUAUUCUACUAAUAAUGCUGGUGAUGCAUGUGCCACUAAUGAAUUGAAAAAAUUACAAACCAAAUUCAAAAAAGAAGUGAUCGAAAAAAUUGCUAUAGAGAAGGAAAAUCAACCAAAAUCAGAUCCUCCAGAAGUUAUCGCAUUUCACGAAAACUGCAAAUGUGGACAUCACUCUGAUACCGAAACAGAGUCAGAAAGCAGCGAUUCUGACCAAUGCAACGAUGACAGCGAUGAUAAAGGUGUGGAUACAUCUGUCACUGGAUCUGUGGCUGAUAAUAGGCGCAGGAUUAAUCCUGAGAAAUUAAGCGAAUCUAAGAAGCAUAGCACUGUUGCGAAAGAAGAGGCUAGCUCUUAUUUCUUAUCCUUUGUGAGUAGAAAACGGAAUCAUCCAGCUGUUUUACAUGCCGAUGUUUGUUUCAAUGAAGCUGGUCAGGUGAAUGAUGGUCCAGAAUGCCGUUGUUCAUGGACAGCUAAGAAAUCUGGUGUACGUCACAAUAAGUAUGCUGGCGAAACUGUCAUCAAAAAAUGCGACCCGUAUUCUAGCAAUGCUCAUCGUUUAUGGCAUUAUAUACUUUAUACUGAACCAAAUCCAAAUACCAUAGCUCGUCGUUCAACGAAGAUCAAUCAUGAGGGCAAAGUAUUCGAACUAGAAGGCUUCUCUGUUUUCUUUCAUCGACCACUUCCGUUAAAUUUUCCUCAAACACCUUUAUCUAAAUGGACAAGUGAAUACAGCAUGAAAUUCAUGAAAGAAGCUACCCCAACGAAUUUCACCGUAGAAGAUUUAGAAUUAUUUCACCAUUAUUUAUUCAUCGAUGUUAUGGAAAUGUAUGACUUGAAAAGAUAUCCUCUUGAUGACACUGAGGGUUGCCCUUAUUAUCACUGUAUGCCCAGAUUCGUUUGUAAUGUUCAAGCAGAUGAGAAGGAAAUAUUACCUAUGUCAGUUGUACUGGACUUUAUCAUUAAUAGUUAUCACCCAUUUAUGACGGAAUCCCAGGCGUUAAUUUUUAAAACAGAUUCUGAAGCAUAUCGUGAAUUCACUGAAACUGUGCGUGGUUCUCUUGUGAUGGAUGCAAGCAAGAGGCCCUCAACGAUUCGAGCGGAUCUUAUUGACAGUCCUGAUUUUCUUCCUAACAAUCCAGAUACUCUUUAUCCAUUAAUUACCCAUUUCGGUGUGAGGCCUUCUUCUCAUACUUAUAAUUCGAACACAGAAUAUCAGAGGAUGUCGAAGGAUUACUUGAAAAUGCGCAAAAUUCUUGCAAUGAAACCUCGAGUGAGUGCAGAAGAACGUGGAAAGCUUGCUCAGAAAGCAUCGCAGUUAAAAGCAUUGCGUAAUGAUAGUCAACUAAGACGUGACUUUGUUAUGUCGAUAUCAUCUCGUAAUUUCUAUCAUACAGGGCUCUUUCCUGAUAUUGUACAGCAUGGUUUACUCCUGAUUCUUGCUUGUUCACAUGUUCGCUUUCAGUGGUCUUUGGAAGUGUAUGAACAAGAACGUAUACAUUAUGUUUUUAAGAAUCGAUCGCUUUUGGAAUUGGCAUUAACACAUCCAUCGUAUCGUAGUAGUUAUGGUACCAAUAGUGAUCAUGCUCGUAAUACACUCAAUAAUUGUGGUGUUCGUUCUUCAAAGCAGCGAGCGCAUGAUCGCUUAGUACAACAGCAGCUGAGUGCAAAGAAACGAGGAUUUCAUACCUUAAUGGAAAUUAUGUCAAAGUUGGGCUCAAAAAGAGUGGAACAAUCACCGCUGAAUCAUAACGAACGAUUAGAAUUUCUGGGAGAUGCUGUUAUUGAGUUCAUUACCACUAUUCAUCUAUUUUAUAUGUUUAGUGAACUUGAUGAGGGUGGUUUAGCAACCUAUCGUUCGGCAAUGGUUCAAAAUAAAAAUCUUGCUUUGCUUGCUAAGAAAAUAGGCUUAGACGAAUUCAUGCUGUAUGCACAUGGUCCAGAUUUAUGUCAUGAAUCAGAUCUUAGACACGCAAUGGCAAAUGCUUUUGAAGCUAUGAUGGCUGCCAUAUAUUUAGACGCUGGCAUCGACGAAUGCGAUAGAAUUUUCGGUCAUGCGAUGUUUAGUGAUUCAGAAGAGUUGCUUUCUACUUGGUUUAAUUUAGAAGAGCAUCCUCUAAAGCGUGAUAACCCAAAUGGCGAUCGUCAUUUGAUAAACAACAUUCCAGCUCUUCAGCUGCUUACACAGCUAGAACAAAAUAUCGGAAUUACAUUUAAGCAUAUCCGAGUACUGGCUAAAGCGUUCACCAGAAGGAAUAUUGGAUUUAACAACCUCACAUUAGGACACAAUCAACGCCUCGAGUUCCUUGGAGAUACGGUUCUGCAAUUAAUAACAACCGAUUAUCUUUAUAAGCAUUUUCCGUAUCAUCACGAAGGUCAUUUAUCUAUAUUACGAACAUGUCUAGUUAGUAAUAGAACACAGUCCGUUAUUUGUGAUGACAUUGGCAUGUCAAAAUACGUGGUAACUCCAAAAGUCAUGCAGAAAAGUGGUUUGCCUCAGUUGCGAGUAAAAGACAAAGCAGAUCUUGUCGAAGCAUUCCUUGGUGCUCUUUACGUCGAUCGUGGGUUGGAUUACUGCAAAGUUUUUUGUAGAAUUUGCUUCUUCCCUCGUUUAAAGUUUUUCAUCAUUUCACAACACUGGAAUGAUCCAAAAUCACAGCUACAGCAGUGCUGUUUGACUCUUCGACAAAUGGACGGUAGUGAACCAGAUAUACCGGAAUACAAAACAAUUGCUGUCGAAGGUCCUACUAAUACGAGGGUGUAUAAGGUUGCUGUUUAUUUUAGAAAUAAGAGGCUUGCAGUAGGUUGUGGACACACCAUGCAACUAGCUCAGAUGCAUGCUGCUGAAAAUGCAUUAAUAAAACGAGCUGAUCUUUUUCCAACGCUGAAAAGUGCAAAACAUAAUACGGAGCAACAUAAACAUGAAAAUAAUCAAACUAUCAAAAUGAAACAAGAAUCCAGUAAUAUAAGGAAACAACAAACUUCGUCUGAUUCAUCGCAAAGCUUUCAACGAGAUGCUAGUGCAUCAGUCACAGAUGAUUGUCAAACCCCUAAGCCACCGAUUCUAUCUUUGCUUGACCUCAAGUUUGACGAAGACGGUUAUCUGUUGUAA